AUGAGAACCAAAAGAGCAAGAUACCCACUAAAAGUAGGGGGCUGGAACAUUUGGAAUAUAGAAUUGAGACAACUGGCGCAGAAACUUUGGAUCAUAAACCAGUUCAUCCUAGCACUAGAAACCAAACAAACAAACUCAUCUCAUCACAAAAGCUGGGAAUAUCAGAUUCAAAAAAACAAAUUCACAUCCAGAUACCUAAAAGAAAACUUAGACGAAUGGAACAAAAUAAGAAUAAAAAAAGCAAUCUUCAACAAUAAUCUCACAUCCAUAAAAAACGAAAAUGGACGACCACUUUCACUGGCAGAAUGGUAUACCACAAUUCAAGACCAAAAUCCAACCAUCCCUAAAACGGAAUUCCAAUCAUCUCUAAACUUAAGAGGCUACAGCUAUAAUCAACUCUUCAACAACAUACUGAAGAUAAAAGACCCUAAAACAAGAGACACAAUGUUUAGAUUCCAUGCCAGAUGCCUUCCAAUAAACUACCUUCACAACAAACAAUGCCCACUCUGCAAAGAAGAUAUGAGCAAAGACCCAUACGGUCACCUGUUCUUCUCAUGCAAGAAAACAAAACAAUUCAUAAAAAUAAAUAAACUCAAAAAUUUCAUCUAUAUUACCACAGGCAAAGGUAAAAACUGGCACCAUACAAGAAUUAGGCAAAAUAACAAUUUCAUUAAUAGAAUAACUCCAAAAUUAUCACCGACAGCCAAAAAAGAUCAAGAAGUGAAUGCAGAUUACGCCAACGACAGAUUCCACAAAGAAUACUUUGAAUGGAACUAUAAAGCAAUAGAAUAUGAUCUAACCAGAUCAUUCGCAUAUAGAAACCUAAUGGCCCUUAUCCUCCACAACAUUUGGAUUUGGAUUUGCAAUCAAAUAUACAGUGAAGAUCCUUUAACAGAUGAAUCACUAUCAUACAGCUCCCUUCUAAAGAAAUGGCACAAAUUGGCCACUCUAGAAUACAUCAAAAAAGCAAAAGAUCUGAAAAACUUAUCAGCAAAAGACCAUAAUAACUUCAAAGAUCCUAAGAUCCUUCUCACUUCAACGAUCAAGCUAAGAAAAAAAACAGCUAAUUACUAUUGUAUUCCAGAAUCAUCUCUCCCAAAUAUUAUAUCUUUUGAUCAAUUCAUAUGA